AUGUCUUCCAAGUCGAACAGUAAUAAUAACAAACGAUCGUUAUUAUUGAAAACGACAAGUGCUUCCUCAAAUAAUCAGGAUGCAAUUAAUUCUGGAGACAGUAAUAAUGUAAAUAGUAACAACAGUGGAAAUCAAAAUAAUCAGUCUUCAUCAUCGAAGGACUCGAUCGGUUUGAGAUUGUAUCAUAGAUCACUGAAUUUAAGACCUGUACUCUCUAAAGGAAUCACCAAUGUACAAACAACAAUUUCCGAUCACUUUCCAAGUAAACAAUCAACUUCGACUGUAGGAAUUAAUAUUGAUGAUAUUAAUCUUGAUGAUGAUGAAUUGGAAUUGAUUUUGGAAAAACAUGAGAAUGAAAAGAAAGAAAAGCUAAAAGAAUUGAAAUAUAAUACUAAAAGCUUUCCUCAAAUUGAUUUGGAAGCAGCAAAAACUUGGAUUUAUCCAACCAACUAUACAGAGAGAAAGUAUCAGUUCAAAAUUUGUGAGAAGGUUCUUCUAACUAAUACACUCGUAUGUUUACCAACAGGUUUGGGUAAAACAUUCAUUGCCAGUGUUGUAAUGUACAAUUAUUAUAGAUGGUUUCCAAUUGGUAAGAUUAUCUUCUUGGCUCAUACAAUAUCACUAGUAGAUCAGCAAAUGAAUGCUUGUUACAAUAUUAUGGGUAUUCCAGAAGAGGAAACAGUUGUAUUGACUGGUAGAAUUUCUCCUGACGAGCGUGUAGAUUUGUGGAAAACUAAACGAGUAUUCUUUUGUACUCCAGAGUGUGUGGAGAAGGAUUUAGAAACAGGAUCUUGUCCAGCAAGACAAGUAGUUCUUGUAGUUUUUGAUGAAGCUCACAAGGCAAGUGGUAAUCAUGCUUAUUGUGUGGUUACAAAAUUAAUUGGAAAGAAGAAUGAUCAUUGGAGAGUAUUGGGAUUGUCAGCCACUCCAGGAAAAACUCAUGCCGAUAUUCAAAAGGUGAUAACAAAUUUGAGAAUUUCUCAUGUAGAGGUUAGAGAUGAAUCAGACAAGGAUGUAGCAGAAUAUUUACAUGAAAAAGAAACUAAGACGAUAAUUUGUAAUCGUGAUAGAGAUUCUGUGAUAAUAGAUAAUUUGUUCUAUAAAUUAGUGGGACCAUUUGUGGAAAGAUUGAUUCAAGCUGGUGCAGUUUAUAAUUGUGACCCAUCUUCUUUAUCUAAGAAUGCAUUACACGUAGCUAUGACAAAAUUUUUAAAGAGUAAAAAAAAGGAUGCUUACAAAUAUAUGGGUGAUUUUCAAGUAUUGAUAGCUCUGUAUACAGGUCUGUUUUAUUUACACACCCAAGAUAUGACCCUAUUUGUUGAUUCGCUGCAAAAUAUAACAACUGAAACAACAGACAAAAAGAAGAAACAAUACCUUCUUAGUAGAAAUCAAAUAAUCAAACAACCAAUUUUCAAAACCAUCCUUCAAGCAUGUGAGAAGAUUAUUAGUCAGGGAUAUGUGCAUCCUAAACUCAAAAAAAUGGAACAAGUCAUAUUGGAACAUUUCCAAAAAGCAUCUCAAGAAACUAAAGUAGUGGUAUUUGCACUUUUCCGAAAAACUGUCGAUAUUAUUGUGGAAAUUCUUUCAAAACAUGAAAUUCUGAAAGUUUCUCCAUUUAUUGGACAAGGCAAAGGAAGGGCCCAGAAAGGAUUUAACCAAAAGAAGCAAAAAUCUAUUAUUCACGAUUUUAGAGAUGGUAUUUUUAACGUACUGGUAUCAACACCAAUCGGUGAAGAGGGUUUAGAUAUUGGAGAAAUUGAUUUGAUUGUUUUAUAUGAUUCUGCUUCAAGUCCAACAAGACUCAUUCAGAGAGUUGGUAGAACUGGUAGAAAGAGAAAAGGUAACAUUGUUGCUCUUCUUUCUGAGGGUAGAGAACGACAUGCUUAUGAAGAAUCCAUUAAGCAGAAAAAAGUUCUUAUUGAUGCAUUGAAGGAAAUACCAUAUCAUAAUGACGUGAAGUUCUUUGAGAAAAAUAUGAGAAUGGUUCCUAAUCAAAUUAUUCCUCAAGUUGUCAGAGAAAAGAUAAUUGUCCAAUCACCAAAGAUUCAGGGAUUAAAACUUAAAAAGAGGAGAAUAAUAGACAGUGACGAUGAGGAUGAGGAAGUUGUGUUAUCUGAUAAGGAUGAACAAGAGGAGGAAGAAACUCAGCAAAUAGUUAAUAUUGAAGAGGAAAUUGAAAUAGUAGAGGACGAUUUUGUGCCUCUUGGAGGAGAGGAUAUUUACGAGCCAAUUGCUGAUUAUUCUGCUGUUGAUAAUACUCCAGAUCAUUAUCAAACUACAUCCUCCUCUGGUAUGAGUAAUACUAAGAGGUAUACUGAAACAGAUAACUUUGAUAUCACCAAAUACAGAAGUGAAAUGAAAGAAAAGAGCAAGGAUGCUUUCAAAACAAAUGGGCAUAUGGAUUUGGAUAAGAUUUUGAAAUUGUCAACCAAUAAUGAAGUAAGCUCCACAAGAAGAAUCGAUAGCUUACCGUCUCUCAUAUUUUCAGAUGUUCCACCACCAAAAUGGGCCUCCUCCUCAAAUACUCCAAACGAUUUAGAAGAUGAUGAUAUCAUUAUUGAUUUUUCACUAGAUGACCUCCAAAGCUCUUCAUCUCCUCCAAACAAAUCUAUUCCACCAAACUUUGGAAGAAUGAAUUGGAAAUAUCAAGCUGGUGUUUGGGGUGUUGCUAUUGUUGGUUUUGCACUCUCUGUUCAAUAUUCGAGAAGUAAAGAAGUGAAAAAGAUCAAGAUUGAUUUAGAGGAAAGUAAACCAAAGCAAUAA